AUGGCAUCGACGGCGGUGGUCUCGUCCGACUGGUCUUCCGCUUCAACGACGGCUCGCCUUCUCCCCUUCCGCAGGGUUCAAGCCCGCACCCUCCGUCUCCUCCACCGGCCGGCCUUCUCCCUCCGAUGGAGGUCCUCGAGCCCUCUCUCGACCUGCUCCGCCUCCGUGCCCCGUGCCUCUUCGGGUGUGCUACUCAACCGUAGGGAAGUGGCUUUUGACUUCCACUGGAUUUCUCUCGCUCUCGCCGUGAUUUUCCUGGUUCUCGUGUCCGCAGUGACCGUGAAUGCCGAUAGUUCGGCGAAGGUGAUCGAUGGGAAGGCGUGUGCGAAGAAGAUUCGGGAGGAAAUCGCGGCUGAGAUAUCCAGGAUGAAGGAGGCCAUCGGCGUCGUCCCAGGCCUCGCCGUCAUCUUGGUCGGCUCCAGGAAAGACUCCCAAACAUAUGUCCGUAACAAGCAGAAGGCCUGCGAGGGUGUGGGCAUCACCUCUCACGAAGUCCGUCUCCCCGAGGAUUGCUCGGAGGAGGAAGUCUUAAAUCACAUUUCGUGCUUCAACGAUGAUCCCUCAGUCCAUGGGAUUCUGGUUCAGCUCCCUCUUCCUCGGGUAAUAUACCGCCCUCUUCUGAUCCUCAAGCUAUGGCUCAACUUAAUGCAAUUGAUAUCUUGCUGAACCUCGAACCUGAUCGGCGAUUCUACCGAUUCAUCCGGACACAUCCGGAUGAAUCCUAUGGAAUCCUCCGAGGUUUGCUCUAAGAAGAAACACAAAAUUUGGAUUAUUCUGUCGUUGACCCAGUAGAAAUGAUUGAGCGAAGAAUCCAGUAGGAAAAGUGGUCGACUGGUGCAUAAUCUUUUCUGGCGACGCCCAUUUCAGAUUUGAAAAAAAAAUGCGUUUUUCUUUUUUCGAUUUCCUCUGCCUGAAUUCAGCCUCUCCCAUUCCAUCGGUUGACCCUAAAAAUUUAAUCUCUGGUUAUUACCCAGAUGAGCGGAACCCGUAUUGGGAUAAGCCGAUUCAAGUUUUUUCAUUCCGAAAUUACAUUCAUUAAUAAAAACAGCAGGUCUCCAUCGAUGAUCCAUGAUGCUCCUGUUUUCUUAUUGGCUGCAUGCCAUCGCAGAACGGUGUGGAGAGCACAAUCUGAAAUCAUAUAUGUGCAAAUGAUCGCAGGAUGAAUAAUUUUUAGCGCAGUCGAUCAGUGGGUAGUAAAUUUUAACUAUUUUUUAGCAGAUUCGAUCUUUGAAUGAUCUUGGAUACUAGAACUCUGAGUUUUUGUCCAUCAACAGCAUAUGAAUGAGGAGAGGAUCCUGAAUGCCGUCAGCAUCGAGAAGGACAUCGAUGGGUUUCAUCCGCUGAACAUCGGCCGGCUUGCCAUGCAAGGCAGAGAGCCGCUAUUUGUCCCCUGCACCCCGAAAGGAUGCAUGGAAUUGCUGCACCGUCAUGGUGUUGAAAUCAGUGGGAAGAGAGCCGUCGUUAUUGGCCGGAGCAACAUUGUCGGAAUGCCCGCAUCCCUGCUGCUUCAGGUAACUCUCUCUCUCUCUCUCUCUUUCUCUCUAUCUCUAUCUCAAUGGUUCCCGCAGUUGGAGAAUCCAUAAUGGGUAUGGGUAACUCUCUCUCUCUCUCUCUCUCUCUCUAUGUCUCUCUAUAUAUAUCUAUAUAUAUGUCUAUCUAUCUAUCUAUCUAUCUAUCUCAAUGGUUUCCCGCAGUUGGAGAAUCUAUAAUGGGUAUGGGUAAUUCUCUCUCUCUUUCUCUCUCUAUGGGUAACUCUCUCUCUCUCUUUCUCUCUCUCUCACAGUGGUUUCCCGCAGUAGGAGAAUCUGUAAUGGGUAACGGGUAAUCCUCUUGCAGCGGCAGAAUGCGACUAUAAGCAUUGUACACUCGUACACAAGAAACCCGGAGGAGAUCACCCGAGAAGCAGAUAUCGUAAUAUCGGCUGUGGGGGUUGCGAAUUUGGUCAGAGGCAGCUGGAUAAAGCCCGGUGCAGUGGUUAUAGAUGUCGGAAUCAAUCCGGUCGAUGUGAGUAUCUUCUUCCCCAUUUCCUUUUCAGGAGAAAUCCUCGCUAAUGCCCAGACCUUCAAUGCUUCAUCUUCCGUCUGCUUUAGGAUCCUGACAGCCCCCGAGGUUACCGUCUGGUUGGUGACGUUUGUUACGAGGAGGCCAGUCAGGUGGCCUCUGCCAUCACUCCGGUUCCUGGCGGCGUCGGCCCCAUGACCAUAGCCAUGCUUCUAUCCAACACCCUCGACUCUGCCAAGAGGAUACAUCGCUUCAAGUGA